AAUUAAAAUAUAGCAUACAACUUUUUACAAGCCCACAUUCAGAAUACCAUGAUGAGGGAUAGUGAAAGUGUUUAUUUAAUUCAAAUAUUCUAAUAGUUUUUUUUUCUAAAUAGCCUUUACUAAAAUACAGUUCAGUAGUCCUACAUCAUUCUUAACAGUAUAUUUUUUUGUCCAAAAAAAAUACCUUUCAUACGGUACAAAACUUGAAAAUGGGAUUGAUCUUAUUAGUUUAUUUAAUAUUAAUAACAACAGUUAACAUAUUAGCAAUUACUGAACCAAAACAAAAUGAACCGAAUAGGGUGCAAAAAUCACUGUUGGAAAGAGUUCUUUAUCCUAGAACUAAAAUCCAGUCCACAAUAAACCAUCAUUCUACCGAACUACAAAAUUCAUUUGGUGUUUCUGGAAAUGUUGGAAUAGGAUUUCAUUUUGGCAGCGGUUAUAGAAUAAAAAACGGUGAUGGAAAAGGAGAUCAGGAAAUUGUGCACAAUAAAAUUUAUGAUAAGUAUUUGGGGACUAGUUUUGGUUUUGGAUCAUUGGGAAAUAAUAAAAAAGGUCAUGUUGAAAAUGUUGAACAAUCAAUUACGGCAGACCAAAACACUAUUUAUCAAGAUGAAGUUAACUCAAUAGAUCAAGAGUCUGACAGUGAAAUAAUUCCAACUACAACAGCAACAGCAAAACCAAAGACCAGUGUUUUCAGGAAAAUCAGUAACUAUUGGACAGGUGAACAAUCAGAACCAAAAAGCAACUAUAACAGUAGCGGUAUUUUUAAAUGGAGUAUGCAACAUUUAAAAAACAAAAAUAAUGUAGGAACACCUAGGUAAAAAAAAUGUUAUGUGCCUAAUAUUGAUGUAAACCUAUAGCAUUGUUAUGAGCCAUUAAAUAUAAUAAAUAGGUAGGUGGGUACUUACGAAAGUAUUUUUUAACUAUAAUAUCACAAUGGUUUUAGAAGCACUAAAGUAUGCAUAGUUAUUAGCUAUUAAUAUAUUAUAAUUCAAACAUGUAAUUAGAAAAUCUUAUUUAACAAUUAACACAAUAAAAUCCAAAUCUGAUAUCGGUA